AUGCCCGCCCGCGCCGCCUCGCUGCCGCUGCUGCUGCUGCUGGCGCUGGGGGCCGCCCACGGAAGCCAGUACGACCAGUGCUUCCAGAAGCCCUCUAACGAGGCAGGGGCUUUGAACAUUGGACAGAGAUGGGGAGACCCCUCCCCAACAGCCACACUGAACAUAGAUCUGCAUAAAGUCACAAGCGCUGCUUCCUCUUUUGAGUACCGCACCUUCGACCCUGAAGGCGUGAUCUUCUACGGGGACACCAGCCCCGGCACCGACUGGUUCGUUCUGGGAUUGCGCGGGGGGAAACUGGAAAUGCAAAUCCACAACAGCGUUACAAACAUCAGCAUUACGAACAUCAGCUUCUCUGGGGAAGAGGGCAUCAACGACGGCCGGUGGCACCAGAUCAUGGUGAAGAACGAAGGAGACAGCGUGGUGCUGGCCCUGGACGGGGACGGUCUGCUGACAGUCAGCAAAGUGUCUCAUGCCAUCAUUGGUCACCCUUUCCCCGAGAUGCGCAUAGGCGUUGGGGGUCUACUCAUCCCCCAAAAAGAUUUGCUCAUUCCGAUGAACACGGCCAUGGACGGCUGCUUGAGACGGUGGAACUGGUUGAACACAAGCAGCUCUUGGCUGGAGGGGGCCUCCCUGGAGGGCGAGGGAAUCAAGGCUUGCUUUGCCAGCAUCCGCCAGGGCAGCUUCUUCCCAGGAGAUGGGCUGGCCAGCUUCCUGCUCUCAGGCUUCCCCUCCGGACUCCGCCAUGACAACGAGAGUUGGUCGCUGGCUGUGGAGCUGCUGCUUAGUGCCGGUCGGCAGGUGGGGACGUUCCUGGCUGUCUCGCCUUCGGAGCAGGCCCCGAUCCUCAGCCUGAAACUGCAGCACACGGACGUGGUAGCCCAACUGGGGAGCAAGAUGGUUCUGCAGACCCCCCUGCCCAUGACGGGCUGCCAAGGUUCGGAUCUUCUGCUCCGCAUCACUUCGGAUCAGCUCACGUUGCGCCUGGGCAGCCAUGAAACCGCAGAGCCCGUCCCGAAGGCAGAUUUCGAAGCUCUGCGGCAUCUCUGGCUGAGUGGGGUCGGUCGUCUCUUCAUUGGGGGGUUCCCUGGGCAGGGAGAAGCCCCUCAGCCGCAGGAGGGAGGCUUCUUCCGAGGCUGCCUCCACGACAUCCGGGUACAAGGCCUGAAGCUAGACCUUGACUCAGCCGAAUACCGAAGCAAUGCCAUCUGGGCACACAGCUGCCCCGGGAAAGAGGACCUUGAUCUCGGGAGCACAGACCGGGCGGACUAA